UUCCGCGAAUCACCAGUGAGCUGCGGCCUUGCUGGAGAGUCGGCUGUGGGCGGAAGUGGCUUUAUAGACCUGGAGAAACGGCGAUGGGGGUGAAGCUGGAGGUGUUUCGGAUGACGCUGUACCUCACGUUCCCCGUGGCAAUGUUCUGGAUUUCCAAUCAGGCCAACUGGUUCGAGGACUAUGUCGUGCAGCGCAAGAGAGAGCUGUGGCCACCGGAGAAGGAGGGCCAGCGCCAGGAACUCGAAGAAUUCAAAGAGAGGAUCCGGAAGCAGCGGGAGGAGAAGCUGCUUCGCGCCGCCCGGCAGGGCUCCUGAGGCCGCCCCUCCACCCCACAGAAUAACACAAACUCAGUUCCGCGUUCUGCUCGCACAA